UAGGUUUUCUACGCCCUGAGCAUAGGAACGAUGAGUAUAAAAAAGUUGAAGUGAAAGUGAACAAGAUGGAUGACUCCUUUCUUGGGUGGCGGCAAUGCAAACAAAAACAGGCUGCUUGUUUCCUGAUGGCUUCUAGCACCUUCUGACAUAUUACUUGUGAUGGCAUCGGAGACUGAGAAGACCCAUGCUUUGCUCCAGUCAUGUAGCACGGAAUCUCUUCUUUCCAGCUUUGGUCUGGGCAUCUUUUGCCUAGUAGCUGAUAGACUUCUUCAGUUUUCUACAAUUCAGCAAAAUACCUGGCUUCGUGCCCUCUCAGAUAAUGCAGUACAUUGUGUGAUUGGCAUGUGGUCGUGGGCUGUAGUCAUUGGAGUCAAGAAAAAGACUGACUUGGGAGAAAUAAUUUUAGCUGGAUUUCUAGCCUCCAUUAUUGAUAUAGACCAUUUUUUUCUAGCUGGGUCCUUAUCUUUAAAGGCUGCAUUGACUCUUCCAAGAAGACCUUCCCUCCACUGUUCUACUGUGAUACCCAUCGUGGCUCUGGCCCUGAAGUUGGCUAUGCAUCUUUUCAAGCUCAAAGACUCAUGGUGCUUCCUGCCCUGGAUGUUAUUCAUAUCCUGGACUUCCCAUCACAUCCGUGAUGGAAUCCGCCAUGGCUUGUGGUUAUGCCCAUUCGGAAAAACUUCUCCAGUACCAUUCUGGCUGUAUGUAAUAAUCACAUCAUCUUUACCUCACAUCUGCUCAUUUGUUAUGUGUCUAACAGGGACCAGACAAGUGCUGUCUUCAAAACAUGGAAUUCGUAUUGAUGUUUGAGACAUCACGUGGCAGUCCUGAAGGAGCAAAUAGUUCACAUGACGAUAAGUCAUUUGCCAACAUUAAAAUUUUAAAAACAGAGUUAGGCACUGAUAUUGUUUAAUUAUUAUAAUUCCUGAAUCUUCUUGCUUAGGAGGCACCUACAACUUAAAUAUAUAUGCACAUAUAUCUUUUUUUGUAUUCUCUGUUGCACCAUAGUAUGGCAUUAAAGUUUCACUAUUUAUUUCAUGCUGUAUUUUUUUUCAUCCUUUAUUUUUAUAGCUUCUUCAUUUUAUCUUGUUUUACAAGUAACCCUAUUAGAUUAAUGUUCAGGUAAGUUUUCUGGAAAUCUGCCUUUAAAUUAGUCCACUUCCUGAUGCAAAGCAGCUUAAGUAAGUGAUUUGUGAAAAGGUAGCAUUCUAUCUGGGUCCACAUUUUCCUAAGAGAUUGAAAUGAUGAAAUGACCAAAAAUAAGUGAGAUCAUGAAUUAGAUGUAUUAUAGAUGCUAACAUUUAUUGAUUUCAUAUAUGUUGAUCCUGAAAGACAUUUAUUUUGCAAAGUUGUUUAGUGACUUAUGAUCAUUAGUAUAAUUUGCUUUCAAGCACUUAUGAGAAACACUAAAAUAUUUAUAAAAGACAGGAACAGUCCAUCUAGGUGAAUUUCAGAAAUCAAUUUAGGAAAUAAUUAGUUGUGGUAGGUUGGCUAGAAAAGCAGCUUACUGAAUAUGUUUUUAUAUUCUUUGUGUUUUAGUAAUAUGUGUUUAUGUUUUAAUUUGUGUUUAUGUAAUAAUAUGUUUUAGUUUCUUUGUGUCUAGGUUUUAUUAAUUUAGAAAAAUAAAGCUAAAGUUGACAAAAUAUUUGAUAACAAGUAAAAUGAAGAAAAUAUUGAAACCUGAUUGGUGAUUUUAUGGAGAACCGUGGAAUUUGAAUUCCCACAAAAAGGGACCGUCAGGAAUGUAAUUUCGAUACAAGCUCGUGAAUGUGCCGUAAAACUGUUAGUUGCUGUUCCUUUGUUUACAUAUCAUUCUAAAAUGUGCCAGUUAAAUACUUUGUUAAAUAGCUGCCUGUUAUGGAAAGACGAAGUAUAUAUAUUUUUAAAUAAAGCAGUUUUAGGAAUUUUUAUUUUCUCUGUGUUCAGGUUGAUUUUUCUCUUGAAAUGGUUCAUCUUUUUUAGAGAAGAUGUAGUUACAGUAAACUGAACAUUUGCAGAGCUUCAUGUUAUUUUAAUAUUGAGAUCAAUGCCCCCAAGGAACCUGCUUUUCUGUCUGGCUUAUGUACCAUCUACUGCCCUCAGAUUCUCUUACAGGUUUGUGCUGUAUUAUGCUAGUGAUUGUGUACCUUAUUUUCUGAGACGAUGAUGGAUGAUUCCUAAAGCAAUGUAUUUCCAAAGCAGAUAUUUCUAACAUGAUAUGAAAGAAUUCAGUAAAUAAUUAUGAACGUUCAACCACUUUAGAGACUUAUAACUCUUCCUUAUUAACAAGUUGCUUGCGGUCUCUAUUUUAGAACCUGUUACUGUCUUCUAAAAGCCUCUUGUGUCAUUUUCAUGGGUAUCACAGUGAAUAUUAUAUCGUAAAGGUGAGUUCUGAUUUGGAAGAAGUAGUCAAAAUAUUUCUUAGAAGCAAGGAUGGAAAGACUUCUCAUGUAUAUUGGACUUACCAGGACAUACAAUACCUGAAGAAGGAUAUCAUGCUUAAUAAAGUGGAGGAUCAAAGAAAAAGAAGAAGACCACCAAGGAUAUGGAUUGACACAGUGUCUACAACAAUGGACUUAAACAUUAUGAGGCUGGUGCAAGACUGAGCAGUGCUUCGUUCUAUUAUACGUGGGGUUCAUUCUGCUGCAGUCUGUUUUAUAUGGGGUUGCUAUGAGCACAACUGGCUAAUAAACUUCCUCCAAUCCUGUUACCACA